AUGACAGAAGACAAAAAAGGUCGUAAAAAAAUAGAGAUUGUGAAAAUGGAUAAUGAUGCCAAUAUUCAAGUUACAUUUUCAAAGAGAAGACAAAGUCUUUUUAAAAAAGCUAGUGAACUUUGCACCUUAUGUGGUGUAGGUAUGGGAGUAAUUGUGUUUUCACCAGGUCAAAAAGUGUUCUCUUUUGGUACUCCAGAUGUUAGAUCUGUAAUCAACAAUUUCCAAAAUCACAAUCAUAAUCCUCUUAUAUAUAGUAACGACGGUUUGAAUCCAGCUAUCCAAAAUCUCAACAGCAUACUCUCUCAGGAGGUGGAAACGCUUGAAAUAGAGAAAAGAAGGAGGGAGGUAUUGGAUGAGAUACGAAAAAAGAGAGAAGAAACGAAAAAAUCGUGGGAAAAACCUCUUAAGCAACUUGACUUAAAACAAAACACUGAUCUAAUUAGUGCUCUGGAAAAUCUGAAAAUGAAAUUGAAAAUUCAACGAUCUCAACCCUUCCAAGCAAUUGAUCCUCUGAAUUAUUAUGGUGGAAGUAACAACAACAUUGUUGGUGGUGGAAAUGUCGAUCCUUUCGACCAAACAAGAAUGUUAUAA